AGCCGCUGCUUUCCGGCCUGCUACUCCGACCAGUACCUCGAGCCAUCCUCCAUACCACUACUUCCAGCAUUCCCAGUUUGCUCGUAGUUGCAGCUGCACCGGCAUUCACCCGCACGCGCGUUUCCAUCACGUUCCCUCUCGUUUACACGCUACUAUAUAUUCUACUCAAUUCUCUGACGUUUAUUUUCGAUCAGUAGACUUGCAAUAUCACUUUUUUAUCAACAGUUUUGUGCUCAAGUGCCACUGAAUUAGUGCUUGUUCGAUUCAAUUGAUCAAUAAGUGUUACAGUGAGUGAUCUCGUAUUGAAAAAUAUUCAUCUUAAUUGAUUGUUUAAAGACUUGAAGAGUGAUUGAUUAAUUGGCUUUUGAAUGAAUUUAGUUGAAUUGUGUUGUUACUAGUGGUGGGUGUAUAAAUAAAUUAUCUUGACAUUUGGCAAAUGUCAGGUUCCCGCGUGCCGGCAUGUUACCUCGGCAAUGACUGUGAUUCCCACCGAUCGUUGAAGUGUACCUUAUAAGAGACGUAAUGUAGAUCGAUAGUAGAUUCUCUUUGACAUGGUACUAUAGUUGAUGAAGUAGCUAUUGGACAUUUGGAAGAUUUUUUUUUCUCUGAGUCUUGAGAUUUAUAUUCAAAUCAAUUCUGAAGAAGAUGGAUUGGUUAGGGCGCCAGGAUAUUAAAGAGUCACCGGAAACUUCUAGCUCUCUGCCACCGGAAGAAAAUGAUGAUUGUUACUUUGAAGAGGACGCAUCUAUCGACGAAGGCAUGGGCUUGGACAAUGUGAGCUCAGCAACAUUGAGACCUUUCAACUCAGACAUAAACACUCCAAGGAUUGACAGCUAUCGAUUUUCAAUGGCGAAUCUCGAAGAUUCCCAAGAUGUCGACCUGGACGCAAUUCUGGGCGAGUUGUGUGCUUUGGAAAGACGAUGCGAUGGAGACAUUGCUUCGACACCGGCGCCAGACACUCAACGACAGGGAAGGCCAAAUAGCACGCGAAUUAAUGCAGGCGAUAACACAGAUAUUGGAAAAACUGAUGGCGGUAUGCGUACUGAUAGUCCCGAUAAUGAUAGUGCAUUUUCGGACACAGUGUCUAUGUUAUCUAGUGAAAGUUCAGCAAGCAGCAGUGGUUCUGGACACAAACCUCAGACCGCCAUGCACACGGCUCCACAACAAUCACAUCAAAUGAUGGAUGCUGCAAGCAGAGCAAAAGCAGAGAAAAUUCGUUUAGCUCUAGAAAAGAUGCGUGAAGCAAGUGUUCAAAAAUUGUUUAUAAAAGCUUUUACAUUAGAUGGAAGUGGAAAGAGUCUUCUUGUUGAUGAAGGAAUGAGUGUAGCGCAUGUUUGUCGAUUACUUGCUGACAAAAAUCACGUUGCGAUGGAUCCUAAGUGGGCUGUUGUUGAACAUCUGCCUGAACUUUUUAUGGAAAGGGUAUAUGAAGACCACGAACUUUUGGUAGAAAAUUUGCUACUCUGGACAAGAGACUCGAAAAAUAAAUUGUUAUUUGUUGAGAGACCUGAGAAAACUCAACUUUUCCUUUCUCCCGAAAGAUAUCUACUUGGCCAAUCAGACAGGAAUACUGGAGAAUACGAUGACCACUCAAGAAAUAUUCUGCUGGAAGAAUUCUUUUCUAGUAGUAACGUUGGAGUACCAGAGGUUGAAGGUCCACUUUACUUGAAAUCGGAUGGCAAAAAGGGAUGGAAAAAAUACCACUUCAUUUUACGAGCUUCCGGCCUUUACUACUGGCCAAAAGAAAAAGCAAGAACUGCAAGAGACUUGGUGUGUUUGGCGACUUUUGACGUGAAUCAAGUAUAUUACGGCGUCGGAUGGAAGAAAAAAUAUAAGGCACCAACAGAUUUUUGUUUUGCUGUGAAACAUCCUCGACUUCAACAGCCUAAAUCCACUAAGUACAUUAAAUUUUUAUGCGCUGAAGAUAAUGCAGUAAUGGAGAGAUGGAUGGUAGGAAUUAGAGUAGCCAAAUAUGGCAGACAGUUGAUGGAGAAUUACAGAACACUUGUAGAUGAAUUGGCGCAAGAAGAUUUGGAUAUUUUGGCACACGCUCGAUCCUGCUCCGUCAGUUCAAUUGCCGUACCACCAAACCAGACGCAAUAUAACUCAAAUGACAACAGCAGACAGUUUACGGAAAUGAAUAGGCACAAUGGUACAGAAUCUGGACGUCAAUAUGAUAGCCAGAGGCAGAAUUAUAAUUCAGAGCAACGUCAGAGUUACACAAAUGAUGGGAGAUUGAGUCGUGCUAGCAGUUCUAGUUCUAGUGGAUGUUUGUCAGACGGUGCACCUAGUAGUUGUGAGGUUGCUUUUGAAUGUGGAGAAUUUCCUACUGGUACUAUCAAGCGAAAGCCAUCUAUGAAUCCUAAAUUACCAUUAACAUCAAUCACGAGACAAUUGAAAGAGGUUGGCGAAACUGUACGUGAUGAACCUGAUUCUUGUCCAAGUCCCACAAGUUCGGGGUCAGGUACAUUGACUCGAAGACACAGUCGCAGAAGAAGUGGUACUGAUUCAGAUGGUUCUGGAACUUUAAAAAGACAUCACAGAUCAGGAAAUGCCACACCUGUGAGCCCAGUUCCACCCGGAACUCCAGUUAGAGAACGAGUUAGCCCGAUGAGUUUCACAAGAACUGAUAGUCAAGAAUGUAAAACACCAACUAGUCCAAUACCUUCAUCGAUGAUGGACUCCAUCACCUCAUUACCACCACCACCAUCUCCUCCAAGAGUUGCUGAUGAAAUUGAGUCUGACGGAGAACCACUGCCUCCACCACCUCCGGAGAUGUUUAGAUCAAAUUUGUCUUUAGACUCGCUACCACCGCCACCAGCUCCUGGCGAGUUGCCCAUGUGUGAUACUACAGAUUUCUCGGGAUCUUCUUUAAGCCUAGUCUCUUUGCCACCACCUCCCAGUCCUCUCGUAGGAGAAACUGGAACAAUUCGUCGUGCACGGCCUAAUAAACAAUCAACUCCAACUAAUUCCAUAUCACCAGAAUGUACGCCAACGCAUACACCAACACGCACUAAUUCUAAUCAAAUUUAUGCCAGCGUGAAUUUGACGCCAAAUCAAAAUUGUAAUUCUACUCCACAGAAUAAUAGUUAUGCAAAUAAUGUAUCUAAUUUGUCUCCGCAUAAUUCAUAUCCUGGGUCGAAUGCUAGUACUCCAACUUUCACCCCAAACUCCCCAAACUUUGCAUCACCACCACCUUUUGUACCACCUCCAGCUUAUGGAGCUCAACAACUUAGUCUUCAGAGGCAGACUGCAAAGCCUGAACAAAUUUAUGGGACUUAUCCAGCUGCACAACAGUGUGGACAAGCUAUUAGGCCAAAUCCCAAUAUGGAUACAAUAAGACGAAGUGCUUUGAAGCAAAAUUCAGGACAUUACGCUACUCCUCCGUACCUUGCAGAGCUGAAAGCUGCGGCAAGUCCUCAGCCACAAAGAAGAGUAACUAUUCAAGAGCCACCGACAUCACCGAAAAGUAAAAUAGGAAGUGGAAAAAAAAUAACGUUCAAUUUACCUCCUCAGCAAGAACCCGGAAGUCCGGCUUUACCUCAAAGAAAACCAAUGCCACCAAGAAGAUCGGACAGUACUCGAUUGACUUCACCUAAAAAAUUAGCAGCAUCAGACCAAGCACCUCCCGGGGACUUCUUGAAAGAUCUCCAACGAGUAAUGAGGAAAAAAUGGCAAGUUGCUCAGAAAUGUAAACUUGAUUCUACUACUACUCCUCAUGAAGUAUUAGGAUUCAGAGAUCCUCCACCGGCAAUAGCGGAUUAUCGAGAAACAAAUGUCUCUAAUUGGGUUCAAGAACAUUAUGGUACUGAUAAUCUGUAUGAAAAUGUAUACACGACUGAUCCUAAUGCUCCAGUUGAGUAUGCUUCAAGUCCAGCUCGACAACCAAUAGUAAGAUUUGCUGAUGAAAAUAGAACUAUGAAUCUUGCUAAUGUAAUCGCAAGUAAAAAACGACCUCCUCCACCACCACCGAAAAGAGCAGAGACCACUCAUCUUACGACGAGGGCAAUGCACUGACAAUAGCAGAUAAUUCAGCCUCAUGCUGAGAGACGAUGGUAUUCGUGUUUUUGUGGAUGGUGGAAGCAUUGAUUGAGCAAAAAAAUUAUUGCUUUAUUAUAAAUAAAAUAAGGAACUUGCUUCUUCAACAGUUCUAUUACCUUGCAAAAAGCUAAAGUGCAGACAAAGGACAACAUUAUUUAUAAAUUAAUAAGUAGAAAUUAAUCUUAAUCGAGUUAAUCAUUUUUGAAAAUGGGUUAAAAAAAUAUAACUUGGGUAUUAAUAAUCACUUAGGAUUUGAAUGAUUAAAUCAAAUGAAUGGAAUUUAGAUAAAAUCGGGCUAAAUGAUUGUUACUUUUCAUCAUUAAAGCGUAAGAUAAAAAUAUUUAAGAUUACUUUUUUGUCUAUGAAUGAGAGAUUAUAAGUAAACCGUGAACUUGACGAUUCUCUGAAACUUAAACAACAGAUAUAUCAUCGCAGUGUAGAAAUAAAUUGUAGAAAAUCUUAAUAGAAAAAAAUUUCUUACAUAUAUUAUUAGUUUGUAGAAUUCACUUUGCUGUACACAUUGAGUAAAGAAUGUGAUAUAAACUGUAAGCCUGCUUAGUAGAACACUGCGAUUGAUAAAUCCAUUGAUUAACUUUCGCAUAAACGUGCAUUUAUAUAUCGACGUAACUUAUGAAUUUAAAUAAAAAAAAAGAAAAAAAAAUAAUAAUA